AUGGUUGUGGCGCAGAUUGUGAGACUCAGGAACAACACCCUGCGAACUUUCUACAUCACACCUGGCGAUAUCUUUUACAAGACCAGCAUUGACGGCCAGCCAGUGGGUGAUCAACAAAUUGAGGUUCCACCGGGCUUUGACCAAGCCACUGAGGGCUUGACCGUUCCAUGGGAGUCGGUUUCUGGAACUGGCUUGGCAAUCUCCGAGGCCGAGGCCCAGAUCAGGUGCGUGGUCGGGCCGGUGGACUUUGACAGUGAAGAGCGAGAUUGGCUGCAGUUCAGACGCGCUGACUGGGAGCCUGUCCACCACAAGAAGUGGAUGCCAUUAGGCCAACGGCACCUGCUUGGGACUGUUGGCUCCUCCACGGACCUUGCGCUCACGUUUCGCGACUCCAAGAGUGACUGCACAAACAAUCCUUCCCCCAUCGAGGAGGUGGUCCACUUUGAGCCCGCCUUGAAAGCUGCCCUGCCAAAUGCGGUGUUCCUAAACAUCUUUGACUUGGCUUCCGCUUUGUCAAUACCAAAUUCAAUGCUGUGCAACACAAUGUUCAACACUGUGGGUGCCUUCCACACAGCGAUUGAAGUCUACGGUGAAGAAUGGGCUUUCUAUCGGACACCCAAUCCGACGUCCUGCGGGGUCUGCAAAAGUCUUCGACCCAGACACCACCCUGUACAUGUCUACAGGCAGUCGGUGAACCUUGGCAGCACAAUGCUGAAGGAUUGGGAAGUGCGCUACUUGAUCCGAGCGAAGCUGGCCGCGAAAUGGCCAGGAGGCACUUAUGACCUUCUUCGCCACAACUGCAUUCACUUCUGUCAGGAGCUGGCGCUCGCAUUGGGCGUCAGCCCUGUUCCAACUUGGGUGCGCAACUUGCACGAGACAGGUGCCAGCGUCUUCCAACUGCCUUGGCCACUGUCUUCUGUCAAGAGCCUGAUCUUUGGUGAUGCAAGACCGGCACUGGCAGAUGCUCCAGGCAAUUACAUCAUCAACGCUUCUCGCCUCUUGUCGCUGUCUUGA